AAAGCUCUUGGGGGGGUGGGGGGGAGGAACAUGGCGCAAGCUCUGUCUGAGGAGGAGUUUCAACGGAUGCAGGCUCAGCUCCUAGAACUCCGGACAAACAACUACCAGCUUUCAGAUGAACUACGCAAGAAUGGUGUUGAACUUACCAGUCUUCGACAGAAGGUCGCCUACCUGGAUAAGGAGUUCAACAAAGCUCAGAAGGCACUGAGCAAGAGCAAGAAAGCUCAGGAAGUCGAGGGGCUGCUGAGUGAAAAUGAGAUGCUGCAGGCAAAGCUGCACAGCCAGGAGGAGGACUUCCGUUUGCAGAACAGCACGCUUAUGGCCGAGUUCAGCAAGCUCUGUAGCCAGAUGGAACAGCUGGAGCGGGAGAACCAGCAACUGAAGGAUGGGGCUGCCAGGGCAGGGGCUACCCAAGCCGGGAGCCUUGUGGAUGGGGAGCUGCUGAGACUGCAGGCAGAGAACACAGCCUUGCAGAAGAACGUGGCAGCCCUGCAGGAGCGCUACGGGAAAGAGGCUGGGAGGUCCCCAGCUGCCAGUGAGGAUCAAGGGGAUCCCGUGGGGGGCCCAGCUUCCCCUGUCCUAGCCCCCAUGCCACUGGCAGAAGUGGAGCUGAAAUGGGAAAUGGAGAAGGAGGAAAAGAGACUGCUCUGGGAGCAACUGCAAGGCUUGGAGACCUUGAAGCAGGCUGAAACAUCCAGGCUGCAGGAAGAACUUGCUAAGCUUGCCGAGAAACUGAAAAAGAAACAAGAAAGUUUUUGCCGUCUGCAGACAGAAAAGGAGACGCUAUUCAAUGACAGCCGGAACAAGAUUGAGGAGUUACAACAGCGGAAGGAAGCUGAUCUCAAAGCCCAGUUGGCUCGAACUCAGAAGCUGCAGCAGGAACUUGAGGCUGCCAAUCAGAGCUUGGCAGAGCUGAGAGAUCAGCGGCAGGGGGAGCUCCUGGAGCAUGCGGCAGCUCUGCGAGCCCUACAAGAUCAGGUGUCCAUCCAGAGUGCGGAUGCGCAGGAACAAGUGGAAGGACUUUUGGCUGAGAACAAUGCCUUGAGGACUAGCCUGGCUGCCCUGGAGCAGAUCCAAACAGCAAAGACCCAAGAACUGAAUAUGCUCCGGGAACAGACUGCUGGGCUGACAGCUGAGUUGCAGCAGCGGCAGACUGAGUAUGAGGACCUCAUGGGACAGAAAGAUGACCUCAACUCCCAGCUCCAGGAGUCAUUGCGAGCCAAUAGUCGGCUGCUGGAACAACUUCAGGAACUCGGGCAGGAGAAGGAGCAAUUGACCCAGGAACUACAGGAGGCUCGUAAGAGUGCUGAGAAGCGGAAGGCCAUGCUGGAUGAGCUAGCCAUGGAGACGCUGCAGGAGAAGUCCCAGCACAAGGAGGAGCUGGGAGCAGUCCGACUACGGCACGAGAAGGAGGUGCUGGGGGUGCGCGCCCGCUACGAGCGUGAGCUCCGUGAGCUACAUGAAGACAAGAAGCGGCAGGAGGAGGAGCUGCGCGGGCAGAUCCGCGAGGAGAAGGCCCGAACGCGGGAGCUGGAGACUCUCCAGCAGACAGUGGAAGAACUUCAAGCUCAGGUACACUCCAUGGAUGGAGCCAAGGGCUGGUUUGAACGGCGCUUGAAGGAGGCUGAGGAAUCUCUGCAGCAGCAGCAGCAGGAACAAGAGGAAGCCCUCAAGCAGUGUCGGGAGCAGCACACCAGCGAGCUGAAGAGCAAGGAAGAGGAGCUUCAGGGUGUGCGGGAUCAGCUCCAACAGGCCCAGGAGGAGCGGGACUGCCACCUGAAGACCAUCAGCAGCCUGAAGCAGGAGGUGAAGGACACGGUGGAUGGGCAGCGAAUCCUGGAGAAGAAGGGCAGUGCUGCGCUCAAGGACCUCAAACGGCAGCUGCACCUGGAGCGGAAACGGGCGGAUAAACUGCAGGAGCGGUUGCAGGACAUCCUCACCAAUAGCAAGAGCCGCUCAGGGCUCGAGGAGCUGGUUCUAUCAGAGAUGAAUUCACCAAGUCGGACCCAGACUGGGGACAGCAGUAGCAUCUCCUCCUUCAGCUACCGCGAGAUCUUGCGGGAGAAGGAGAGCUCGACUGUUCCAGCCAGGUCCUUAUCCAGCAGCCCACAGGCCCAGCCCCCGCGGCCAGCAGAGCUGUCAGAUGAGGAAGUGGCUGAGCUCUUUCAGCGCCUGGCAGAGACGCAGCAGGAGAAGUGGAUGCUGGAGGAGAAGGUGAAGCACCUGGAGGUGAGCAGUGCGUCCAUGGCAGAGGACCUCUGCCGGAAGAGCGCCAUCAUCGAGACCUAUGUCAUGGACAGCCGGAUUGAUGUGUCUGUGGCAGCAGGCCACACAGACCGUAGUGGGCUGGGCAGCGUCCUGAGAGACCUAGUGAAGCCAGGCGACGAGAACCUUCGGGAGAUGAACAAGAAGUUACAGAACAUGCUGGAGGAACAGCUCACCAAGAAUAUGCACUUGCACAAGGACAUGGAAGUUCUGUCCCAGGAAAUUGUGCGGCUCAGCAAGGAGUGCGUGGGGUCCCCCGACCCAGACCUAGAGCCGGGAGAAGCCAGCUAAAGACCUGCAGGCUGCACCCACUCCCUCCCUUCCCCACCCGCCAUUCCCUUGGGCUGUGGUGGGAAAAUGGGGGCCAGCGCCAAAAUCAGAUAGGUUGGGAGACUGGACAUUAAAGGGGUUGGAGGCCUGGUGGCUGGCGUUAGUGACCCUGUCUUAGGGCCGAGGCCCCUGGGGAGUGGGGAAUCCUGAGGGGAGGGGCAGGGAUUCUCCUCCUUCUUGGCCCUGGCUCCCAGGGGCCUUUGCCUUCAUCUCUGCAUGAGCUCUCCCUCCCAGAGACCAACUCUUUUUUUAUUUUAUUUUAUUUUUUAAUUUAUGUCUGGAAGCCUGGCUACUCUGCAUUUGGGAUUGGGGAUGCUGGGUGGGGCACGGUCCAUGUUCAGCGUUCUAGCAACAUGUGUGUGUGUGUGUAAAAGCUGUGCAGCCAAAAUACCAUCUGGCCAGACUGGCCCACCCAC